UCCUCUUUUUAUCGCAUUCUGGAUUUUUAAUUAAUUUAUACAUUGAAAUUUUAAAAUUAAUCAUGUUGGUCACAAAUUCUUUCCCUCUAUAAAACAUUAUUAUAAAAGGAAACACUGAAUAUAAUGUAAAAACUUUAUUAUGGAAUAAUCGUGUUCUUAAUUUUUUUCUUUAGUUUCUAUACAUAGCGCAAUUAAUGCGAAAAUGGUUUCGCAUUCCAUUGUUAUUUAAAUGACGCGUUUUUUGGUUUCAUAAAUUCAAAUUGGUUAUUAGUGUUCAUUUUUAAUUUUCGGGUUAUAUAAAAAACAGAGUAUUUGCAACGCUAGUUGAAGAUGUUGAUAUACUCAAAACUAGGCUCUCAGAUGCUGCUUCUGUUGCGACAGCCGAAAUGUUGGGCAAUUCUUGGCGAGAAUUGGAUUGCCGUCUUGCCAUUCUUCAUUUUCAAGAAGUUCAGAAUUGUGAUUCGAAUGAAAAGCAAAAUUCAGUUAUCAGACAGCAGACAAGUGAUUUUUCAAUAGAGAGAUUUCUAAGGAAAGGUGAUAAAAAUGAAGACAGAUGUAAUAUAAAAAAUGAGGCACAGUUUGAAAGAAAGAAAGACCGCCUUCUGCCAGAUGUACACUGUAAAGUGUGCAAAGACCAAUCUUCUGGGAAACACUAUGGUAUCUAUUCUUGUGAUGGAUGCGCGGGCUUUUUUAAAAGGUCCAUCAGAAAAGCUCGCCGAUACGUGUGCAAAUCGAGGAGCAACAAAACAGACUCUUGCAUAGUCGACAAGGCGCACAGAAACCAUUGCAGAGCUUGCAGACUUAAAAAAUGUAUUGAAGCCGGCAUGAAAAAAGACGCUGUGCAACAUGAAAGAGGGCCCCGCAAUUCCACCAAGCAGCGUCAGACAACAAGUCUGUUGACAGAAGCGCCUUCAUCUCCUUAUUUAUCUCCACCCCCAAUGGUUCCAGCUAUGGAUAUGAUGAGCUGCCACUCUUUCUAUUCUAGAUUCCUGGGGCCUGCUGUUCAAGAAUACAUGCCACCUGUUCCUAGUAUGAGGUUAUUUCAACCUGCUCCAAUGUAUUAUCCUACUCCAGUUGUAACUUCACCAAGAAUCCCUACAGAAAACUAUCGGGAACUAGCUGCAAGAAUUAUCCUUCAUAUCGUUGAUUUUAUGAAGUCCAUCCCUGAACUUACCAAGUUGCCAAUCGCUGAUCAGCUUAUACUUCUUGAAGAAGGGUGGAAAGAGCUGUUCCUUUUGAAAGCUGCAGAGGUCAAUCUAAUCCACAGUGUGGGUGUACUGCUAGCCGAUAUAGAGGAUCCCAAGAUAGUACCAAAUUCUGAUCUAAAAGCAAAACUCCGCCUGCAUGCGACGACGCUCUACAAUAUUCUAGAGCAAAUAAAGCAAGAGAGGAUGGAUUCCAUCGAGUACUUCUACCUCAAACUCAUUGCUGUUUGCAAAAUAAUCACUCCUGGAGUACCAUCAAGAAUCCAGAAUUUGCAGAAUGCGUCUGCGGUUGCCCUCCACCAUCAGAACGCUAUCGUGUUGUUGCAAGCCCAUACGCAACGUUUGCACCCCUUCGAUGCUAUGCGAGGUCUAAGGCUGCUUAACAUGCGGGUAAUUCUCAAUUCAGCGGUGGUGGAAGAAACCAUUACGGAACUGUUUUUCAGGGGGAUGGGAAGCAUGACUGCCAUUUUAAAUGGUCUUUAUGAAAAAGGAAGCCAACUAGAUCAUCGCACUGACGUGCUCGAAAAACUGCGAAGUUGAAAACAGAAUUUUAUUUUUCUUGUAUACUCAAUCAAGACUUGUAAGAUAUUCUGCAGACAUUUAAAGAGGAAAUUUCUUAAAAUGUUUGAUUUGGCAGAUCAUCUUCGGGUAAGAAAAAGUGGCUGUCAAUAUCUUUCCCUAUUGCUUUAAGAGAAAAGGGAAAACUAUUGUAUUCUUUAAAGAUCAUAAAUACGUUGACUCAAGGUUAGUAGCAUGCUCGUGUGUGAAUCUUUAAGAACUGUUUUGAGUCUCUUAUACAAAAUAUUAAUUACACUGUUUUUUUAAAUGGUCUGUCUGUAUGAGAUUGGAAAAAGGCAAGUCUUAAUAUCCUGGAAUUUUUUUCAAGAAAUUUUUUAAUUAUUUUGCCUGUUUAGGUCAGACAUAUUUAAAUAUAUAGCUAAAGAAAUAAGGUGUUAUCAAAGGUGUUUUUCAAAGUUCUAGUAGAAUUGCAACAGGCAGUAAUUAUUAAUUUUAACUAGAUAUCUUGAUGAUAAAGAUGGAUUAUCAGCCAUUUGGUUGAUAAUAUACUUCCUUCAUAAUGUGUAUAUAAUUUAAAUUUUUAACUGAUCUAUUCCCAGUUUUUUAACAGUUAUUCAGAAUCUUUAGUAAUCCGUCAAAUAUUUGGCACAUUUUUUUUGCUUUAAGGAUUUUUUUCUGUAAUAUAAAAGAUAAUCUUUAAUGAUUCAGGGAAUCAGGAUGGAAAGUUUUUGCAUUUAAUAUGCAGGUUGAAAUUAUAGAAGUUAUGCCAUUAUCUGACGGUUAAUAAUCUCACCAUCAUCAUUUAACUUUUUUCCAUUUUAUUUUAUGUCAUAUCUCAAAAAAAAAACAAAUUCUGUUUCACUUCAUGAAGUAUUCAUGGAGUAAUAUACGAGCUGCUUGGAUUUGAUAAUGUUAUAAAUUAUUGUCGUUAUAAUCAUCUAAGUUAUUAAUUGCUAAUUUGAGGAAAAUGCAAAGAUUGCGAUGCCAACAUGACGAGUGGUCAUUUUCGAGCUUCAAAGGUUCUGAUGUAGUUUGGUAUUAUGGAAGUGAUGUCUUCUGAUUCUAUGAAGAUAAGUGAAUCAUUGCCAAAAUACCGUUGAUAUGAUUCUGAUACGGCUUAUUGUGCAGAUGUGCCAUCACUAAAAAGUUCCAAAGCGAUUAUGUGACUUCAAGCUUAGAUGUUAUUUAUGCAUCAACUGGCAAUUUUAUCUAUUUAGUAUUCAAGAUGUUUUAUGUGGGAAAUGAAUAAGAAACUGAUGCUGAAAAUCUGGAAACUAGUCAAUGUCAAAUCGGAUUUUCAGUGGAUGGAUUUCCUUUUCCGCGCACAAUUCACCUGAUUUGAUAUUGGACAUUUGUGUAUUUUCAAGAGUUAUGACAGUUAGCAGUCUGGAACAAAUAAAUUCUGUAAAUAUAUUAUGCUCCAGACUAGAAAAGAUCAUAGACAAUGUUUUGUUGAAAUUUUUAUUGAAAUACUGUGCAAGACAAAAGAAUAGAACUCUUUGGUUGAGUUUAGAUAUAUUAGAACUUGAUGCUAAAGACAUUAUGUUGAUUCGAAAAGUUCUAAUAUUAUGUAAAUACGAACAAAUGACAAACAAUUGUAUUGUUUUAUUCUAUUUUACUGCAAAUUUACUACAGCAUAAUCUGUGAUAUU